UUGCUAGAGCAUACGUGUCUCUCCCCUGUUCAUCUCUUCCGUCUGUCAUCGCCCACACCUAUAUAUAUAUUUAUAAAUAUAUAUAUAUACAGAGUAAGAUUAAAAAGGCAAGUUAUUUUUAAUUUUUUACGAUAAAAUUCCAUUCACUGAUAGGGGGAGAGCGCGUGCAACAUUUGACCGCCAUUGCUAGGGUUUAUAGCUCUCGAAGAGUCGGGGAGAAAGCACAAACAACAUGGCGCAAAGCGGGAAAUUGAUGCCAAAUCUUGAUCAGAACAGCACGAAGCAGCUCAACCUCACCGUUCUGCAACGAAUCGAUCCCUACAUUGAGGAAAUUCUCAUCACCGCCGCUCACGUCACCUUCUAUGAAUUUAACAUUGAUACGAGCCAAUGGAGUCGAAAGGAUGUUGAAGGAUCUCUCUUCGUUGUUAAGAGGACUUCUCAACCUAGGUUCCAAUUCAUUGUAAUGAAUCGCAGAAAUGCAGAUAACUUGGUGGAGGAUCUCUUGGGAGAUUUUGAGUAUGAGAUCCAGGUUCCAUAUUUACUGUAUCGGAAUGCUGCCCAGGAAGUUAAUGGAAUAUGGUUUUACAAUGCACGUGAAUGUGAGGAGGUUGCAAAUCUAUUUAGCAGGAUACUGAAUGCGUAUUCAAAGGUGCCUUCAAAGUCAAAAGUACCUCCAGUCAAGAGUGAAUUUGAAGAGCUGGAAGCAGUUCCAACCAUGGCGGUAAUUGAUGGUCCCUUGGAGCCAUCAACAACCACCACCACUAAUGUCAGAGAUGUUCCUGAUGACCAUUCCUUUGUGAACUUUUUCAGUACUGCAAUGACAAUUGGGAGUUCUUCUAGUGCAGCAGUUCCUGGACAUCCUGGUGUCUUAUCUGCAAAUCCUCUACCUUCUCGUUCUCAGAAUGGCACUCUUACUGCUGUAGCACAUGUUCAGACUCCAACUCCUAUUUCAAUACCUACUCCUGUUAUGCCUCUCUUUGAUGCACCUGAACAAGACAGCAGCACUAAAGGGUCAACAAAUUUGGUAAAGCCAUCUUCGUUUUUUGGCCCACCACCUUCCUCUUCUCCAUUAAUAAUUCCUCCCUCCCCUUCAUCUAUGCCAACUGCUCCUCCACUUCAGCCUCCUGGGACUCUAGAACGCCCUUAUGGUGCUCCUUUGCUCCAACCAUUUCCUCCACCCUCACCCCCUCCAUCUCUUACUCCCACUGCUACUCCCAUACCAAAUACUGUAUCUAUAAUUACCAGAGACAAGGUCCGUGAGGCCCUUCUGAUUCUUGUUCAGGACAAUGAGUUCAUCGACAUGGUUCAUCGUGCACUGAUGAAUGCUCACCAUUAAUGGAGAAUUGGAGGAAGCACUGGUACUGACCAAAUUCAUGUUCACUGUCUGUGUGCAAGAGGAGGAUUGAGAUUUUGUUCCAGAAGUUAGACCCAUUCUGUAGUCUAGUCUAGUUAAAUAUAUAUAUAUAUAUUGCAGUUGUAGAUAUACACAAUUUAUUUGGGUCUGACCAUAUCAAAUUAAAACUCAAAAGUGAUUUUUUUAGUAGUUUUGUGUGUUGGAUUAUUUGUUGAUAUAAAUAAUUCGGUUGUCCAAUCUGUCUAUGUGAAUAAUGCUUUGAGAAUCUCUUUUGCA